AUGAGAAAAAACACAGCCCUGGUCCUGUCCACUCGCCCUCAUUCCCCCCUGUCCCGUGUAUUAUCCACUCGCCCUCAUUCUCCCCUGUCCCGUGUACUGUCCACUCCCCUCAUUCCCCCCUGUCCCGUGUACUGUCCACUCGCUCUCAUUCCCCCCUGUCCCAUGUACUGUCCACUCGCCCUCAUUCUCCCCUGUCCCGUGUACUGUCCACUCCCUCUCAUUCUCCCCUGUCCCAUGUACUGUCCACUCCCUCUCAUUCUCCCCUGUCCCGUGUACUGUCCACUCCCCCUCAUUCUCCCCUGUCCCAUGUACUGUCCACUCGCCCUCAUUCUCCCCUGUCCCAUGUACUGUCCACUCCCUCUCAUUCUCCCCUGUCCCGUGUACUGUCCACUCGCCCUCAUUCCCCCCUGUCCCAUGUACUGUCCACUCCCUCUCAUUCUCCCCUGUCCCAUGUACUGUCCACUCCCCCACAUUCUCCCCUGUCCCAUGUACUGUCCACUCCCUCUCAUUCUCCCCUGUCCCAUGUACUGUCCACUCCCCCACAUUCUCCCCUGUCCCAUGUACUGUCCACUCCCUCUCAUUCUCCCCUGUCCCAUGCACUGUCCACUCCCCCUCAUUCUCCCCUGUCCCAUGCACUGUCCACUCCCCCUCAUUCUCCCCUGUCCCGUGUACUGUCCACUCCCCCUCAUUCUCCCCUGUCCCAUGUACUGUCCACUCCCCCUCAUUCUCCCCUGUCCCAUGCACUGUCCACUCCCCCUCAUUCUCCCCUGUCCCAUGCACUGUCCACUCGCCCUCAUUCCCCCCUGUCCCAUGUACUGUCCACUCCCCCUCAUUCUCCCCUGUCCCAUGUACUGUCCACUCCCCCUCAUUCUCCCCUGUCCCAUGUACUGUCCACUCCCCCUCAUUCUCCCCUGUCCCAUGCACUGUCCACUCCCCCUCAUUCUCCCCUGUCCCAUGUACUGUCCACUCCCCCUCAUUCUCCCCUGUCCCAUGUACUGUCCUCUCCCCCUCAUUCUCCCCUGUCCCGUGUACUGUCCACUCGCCCUCAUUCCCCCCUGUCCCAUGUACUGUCCACUCCCCCUCAUUCUCCCCUGUCCCAUGCACUGUCCACUCCCCCUCAUUCUCCCCUGUCCCAUGCACUGUCCACUCCCCCUCAUUCUCCCCUGUCCCAUGCACUGUCCACUCCCUCUCAUUCUCCCCUGUCCCGUGUACUGUCCACUCCCCCUCAUUCUCCCCUGUGCCGUGUAG